AUGGCGACCGACGGCCCAAGCACUCUCCAGCCAUCGCAGGACCCGGUUCCUCCAACAGAGAAUGCUCUCUUCGAUUACCUGCCCGCCUCACAUGAGGAAUACGCCGUUGUAGAAAAGAAGCUCUUGUGUCGGAUAGACUCUACCUUGAUGCCAGUCAUGAUUUCAAUGAUUGUACUCAACUACCUUGAUCGCAAUGCCUUGCCCAACGCGCGCAUCCAAGGCAUAGAAGAGCAUCUCGGCUUACAAGGAAACCAGUUCAACGUUUGCAUUUCGGUUCUCUUCGCCGGCUAUCUCGCUUUGCAAAUCCCAUCCAAUCUGCUCCUUACCCGCGUGAAGCCAAGCAUCUACCUCCCCACGUGCAUGGCCCUCUGGGGAGUUGUUUCCGCCAGUACAGCCGCUGUACACGACUUCAAGGGCCUCGUCAUCUGUCGCUUCAUGUUGGGAUUUCUGGAGGCGCCCUUUUUCCCCGGUGCGCUGUUUCUCCUGUCCAGCUGGUACACUCCCCGUGAGCUGGCGACCCGCACGGCCGUCAUGUACACGGGUAGCCUUUUAUCCAGUGCGUUCGGGGGUCUCGUUGGCGCAGGAGUGCAGUACGGCCUAGACGGGUCUCGCGGUCUGCACGCGUGGCAGUGGAUGUUUCUUAUAGAGGGCACAGCGACGGUUGCCGUGUCGCUGGCUUCGAUUGUCGUUCUGCCCGACUUCCCCGCCACUACGCCAUGGCUGUCCAGGGAGGAGAGAGCGGUGGCUGUUCACAGACUCUGUGUACAUAACGGCAGUCUCGAUGAGGUGAAGGGAUCGGUUGUUCGGGGACUCAAGCUGGCGUUGCUCGACUACAAAGUCUGGCUGCUCACCAUGAUUGUCAUACUCAAGACAUCAGCAGGGGCUGUGACGGCCUUUGUUCCCACCCUGGUGGCGACUUUUGAGUUUGGCAAGAUUGAGUCGCUGCUGAUGACGGCGCCGCCAUAUGUCCUGGCGGCUAUUGUCGCCAUGGGUGUGUCUGUCUCCAGUGACAGGCAGGAGGAGCGGUUCUGGCACUUGGUCGGGCCGCUUUCUUUUGGCAUGGCUGGCUUCGUCAUGGCAGCUUGUGCGCACUCGUUGGCACCGCGAUAUUUUUCCUUGUUUCUGAUGCUGGGCGGAGUGUACGGGUGCUUCGACCUGACGUAUGCCUGGCUCUCGUCCACGGUGCCCCGACCGCGUGAGAAGCGUUCCGCAGCCUUUGCCAUGGCCAACAUGAUAGGGAACGUUGCCCAAGUCUACUCGCCGUACCUGUACGAGAGGUCAUCUGCUCCGCAGUAUUUGCCAGCCAUGAUUGCCAACAGCGCCUUUGUAUGUGGAUCCAUUGCCUUUGCUGUGGUUUUACUCUUGUGCUUGAAGCGGGAGAACCUCAGGCUUGAGGAGGCAGAAGUUGCAGUAGGAGAUGGCCAGCGGCGACGGCAAGAGCAGGGUCUUGGCAAGCCAGGCACCGACGUUUCGGGAGUCGCGCCUGGAGGGACUCGCUGGGUCGAGCAGGGGGUUCAGAUAUAG